CUGCUUUAUUCAUUGACUUCAUUGAUUUUCCGGAUCAUUUACGCUCGGGUUGAGUAGGUUUGGCUGAUGACUUGCAGCGUAUGUAGGAUUUGAUUUUGGCGAAUUGAGAAACUGUUUGGCGAUGCGACUUGGGAGUUUUUUAGGGUUACCGUCGUUGUAGUUGGUUACGGGAGCUGCAAAGUUGAAUUUGGGAUUGUGACGUUGAUUUUGGUAUUGCUUUGAGAUAGUCGGAAGGUUUCGAGAGUAGUCCAUGAAGCUUCUAUGCUCAACGGAUCUCUUUCUAAUCUAGAGACUUUGCAUUUCUUGUUGUAUCAGUCACUGGCAUGUUGUAAUGUAGGCAUUGAUUUGACGUUAUUGGAUUUACGAUUGGAUCCUGUCAUGUUCUUUGAUUUUCCUGAGGUCGGUAGCACAUAAUGCCCUGAAGUGUCGCAGCGGAUUGUACUAUGCCUGUUGCUUGGGGUAGUUUCAAUUGAGGGAUUGUCAUCAACUGACUCGAUGUAAGUGAUACGUGACCAGUCUGUUACAUCUUUGCAGUCGUAGCCAUUUCAUACGUUACGAAUACUGUGCACAAUAAGCUCGGUCAUCUGGUGGCAAACACGUGGAAUUCAUCAUGGGGGCGACACGGAAAUUACAAGGAGAAAUUGACAAAGUUCUGAAGAAAGUGCAAGAAGGCGUCGAUGUCUUCGAUAGUAUCUGGAACAAGGUGUACGAUACUGAAAAUGCAAAUCAGAAGGAGAAGUUCGAGGCCGAUUUAAAGAAAGAGAUCAAGAAGCUACAGCGUUAUCGUGAUCAAAUCAAGAUGUGGAUUCAAUCCAGUGAGAUUAAAGACAAAAAGGCUUUACUUGAGGCUCGGAAGCAGAUAGAGAGAGAAAUGGAAAGAUUUAAAGUAUGUGAGAAGGAAACCAAGACAAAAGCAUUUUCCAAAGAAGGCCUGGGUCAACAACCUAAAACGGAUCCACGAGAUAAAGCAAAAGGGGAGUCACGCGAUUGGCUUAACAAUAUGGUUAGUGAGCUGGAAUCUCAAAUUGACUCUUUCGAAGCAGAGAUGGAAGGCCUUCAAGUCAAAAAAGGAAAGGCCCGGCCUCCCCGUUUGACUCAUCUCGAGGAGUCAAUCAAUCGACAUAAAUUGCACAUCAUAAAGUUGGAACUAGUGUUGCGUCUAUUGGACAAUGACGAACUAUCUCCUGACGAGGUGAUGGAAGUAAGAGAUCUAGUUGAGGACUACGUUGAACGUAAUCAGGAUGAUUUUGAUAAUUUCGAGGACGUUGACGACAUAUACCAAUCUCUACCUCUUGAUAAGAUUGAAGCACUGGAAAAUCUGGAAGCAAUACCAAAUGUUGCUCCUUCUAUUGUCGUCAAAGAGAAGGCUGCAGUUGCAGCAGCUGCUGGAGUUGGUGCACCUCUUGGUUCUGUUCUGAAACCCACUAUUUCUUUGCCAGUUGUUCAAUCCGUCACUGCUUCAUCACUAGGAAUAUCCCCUCUUGUCUCUCCAUCAUCACAACCGCUUGCCAACGAUGACAUUUUGACUUCUUCAGAAUCAUCUGCCGAGUCUCCAGGGCCCCGGACACGAGGUGCCCCUACGUUAGCAACGUCUCCCACAAGUAGUAUAUCAACUUCAAGCUCUUCUGCAGCCGUACUUAGUGUUAGUCCAGUGGCAAGUGGAGGUGUUACUUCACCUUCAACUGGAGCUGGAUCCCUGUCCCGCCAGCUCGGCACUUUGAACACUAUGGGUACUCCAACCGUUAUCUCCCCUGCAAGGCCUGUGUCAGUAAAAUCUCUACCUACAGCUUCUGCUCUUCAACCCACUCUUUCGCAAGGUCGAAUGAAAGAGGAGGAUACAAAUGUGCUCCCAGGACGGCGUGUAGGACCAGGAUUGAGUGAAACUUCCAUUCGGGGACAGUCCCCUCCUCCUGUUACGGCACCUGGGAAUGGAAGCCUUCUAGUGUCUCCCGCGAUGGAUUUGAGUAUGAGGCUUGGUGUCACUGGUGGUGAUGACAGACCUCCAACAGGUGGCGGUUUGUCACAGCAGUUCGCUGGGACUUUAGGUGGUGGGAACCGUGUAUUUGGACCGGGAGGUCUGGGUGACACUGGAAUAGGGGCAUCAGACACCGGGCUCUCGGGCACUCGUUUGUUUCCAGGCAGUGGUAUGUCAACUGGUGGGCAGUGGCGUCCACAUUCUGCAAAUACACAAGAAACGGGCCCAUAUCAUGUGCGAUCUGAAAUCAUGCCGGAUCAGAAACAAAAAUUCUUACAACGGUACCAACAGACACAGCAAGGUCACUCUGCUGCUUCUCUACUUACAGGGGGAUCUCAGCUUUCAAGCUCCUCACUCAAGCAACCUCCUGGCCUUUCUGCUCCACAGGCGAAUCUUCUUCAGCAGGCCCAGCUACACAUAUUGCAGCAACAACAGCAGCAGAACUUGCAAAAUUCAAUGUUAGGAGCUUCUCAGAACUCAUCCACUCAAAGACAGACGUCACUUGGUUUGGUUACAAGCUCGCAGUCAUCUUCUCCUUCCUCUACACCUGUACCAGCACAUUUGUCGCAGGGGUUGUCAACAUCCUCCCCACAACAGUUUGCACAAUUGUCUUUAUCGUCUACGACUUCUCCAACUGAACAUGAUGCCAGCAGUAGAAGAAUGGAGUCAGCACAGCAACAGAUGCCUUCUCAGCUGCUUAAAUCAUCAGAAGACUCUGGUGCUGAUGUCGCAUCUCUGGGAUCAGCCUUCAGAAGUGGCAUGACAUUCAGUGAUGAUGAUCUAAAAAAUUCGGAUACCUUCGAUGUCUCCGGACCCAAAGAAGGUGACAGUUGGUAUGGCAAAUCUACUCUGCAGGUCGGGACACCGGGCUCACUCGCUGACUACAGUCAACAAUCUCGAGAUGCUGAUCUUGCACCAGGGCAGCAGAGUCACCAUCCACAAUCCUCUAUGAACCCAGGUGUUAUAGGACGGCGGAGUGUUCCAGAUCUUGGCGCAAUCGGGGAUAAUAUAGUCCCAUCUUUGGGACGCGAACAUUUUGUAGCACAACAUGAAGCUUUGGAGCAUGCUUUCAGAAACCUACCACUACCAAAGGAUUCAGAAAGGCCUAAGAGCUACACUCCGAGGCAUCCAACCAUUACUCCUGCUUCGUAUCCGCAAGUGCAAGCCCCAAUUAUCGAUAACCCAGGCCUUUGGGAACGACUAGACAAAGAUGUUCUUUUCUAUGCCUUCUAUUAUCAACAGGGUACUUACCAACAGUAUUUAGCAGCUCGGGAGCUAAAAAAGCAAUCAUGGCGGUACCAUAAAAAAUAUAACACUUGGUUUCAACGUCACGAAGAGCCCAAGGUUACUACAGAUGAGUAUGAAACUGGCACUUAUGUGUAUUUCGACUUCCACGUCGUCCACAAUGACUAUCAACAAGGCUGGUGUCAACGAAUCAAGACAGAGUUCACGUUUGAGUACUGUUAUCUCGAGGAUGAACUUGUUGUUUGAGGCUUCCAUGUGUUCGUGUUUCAUUCCAAUCAACAAGAAGUUUCUUUGUAAAUAGCUACACAUGUUGUGUAAAGACUAACCAUUCUAAGUGACAAGAUGUAUGCUUAUUCUUACCCGUGUAGCAUUCAAAAUAUGGAACAAAUUCUUGCAAUUGCUUGACACAUCAGUGUAA